AUCUGGUGUCGUUUAAACACCGAGCACACGCUGUACGCGGCCUGUCGCCACAAUUCUGAAAAGACUGGUACUGAGUUGCUUAAUCUGCCCGAAACGGAGCAGUGUAUUUUCGACGAGGGAGUCUAG